AUGAACGACGAUGAGGCCAUCCGCAGCAUCCAGGCCAAGAUUGACCGCGAGGAGGCUCUCAUGACGGCCGCCAUCAGCAUGCGUAAUCUCCCCAUCAACGAGACUCACCGUUCCCGCAUCGACAGCGAGCUACGGGACAAUGAGCGCAACAUCAAGUUCUUCAAGGAGCGCCUGGAGGCUAUCAAGCAGCGCAAGGUCCAGCAGGGCAUGGGCUCCAUGUCCCUGGGCGACGACGGCGGCCCGCCUCCCACCCCUCCCCCCAAGGAUCCCAAUGCCGCCUGGGGAGAUCAGGGCUCCUACGGCGCCGGCUCGACUCAAUACAGCCAAAUUGGCCAACACGGCGACUUGAUGCCUCCGAGACACCCCUACGCGCCGCCGGGGCCUGGCUCUGGCAUGCCCAAGGCCCGACCCAACUACACGAAGCUUGAUCUGAUCAAAUACGACACGCCGCACCUCGGCCCGCGCAUUCAACUCAUGCUGUCACAGAUCCAGUUCAAGCUCAACGUCGAGGAGCAGUACCUCAAGGGCGUCGAGAAGAUGGUACAGCUCUACGGCAUGGAGGGCGACCGCAAGAGCAAGGCCGACGCCGCCGGCCGCCGGGUCGAGAGCAAGCAGAAAAUCGUUCUCUUGAAGCAGGCAUUGAAGAGAUACGAGGAGCUGCACAUCGAUAUGGACUCGGCUGAUGCCCAGGACGACGACUCCAUCAACACGCCUAACUUGCGUAAACCCCUGAGCGGACGACUCGUCAUCCGUGUCAUGGGCGUUCAGGGCGUCGACCACGCCGCCACCGGCCGCUUCGCACGAGGCCCCGAGACUUUUGUCGCCGUCAAGGUCGAGGACACCGUCAUGGCGCGCACCAAGGCGUCCCGCACCGACCGCUGGGAUAAUGAGCAGCACACCAUCGACGUGGAUAAGGCCAACGAGAUCGAAGUCACCGUGUACGACAAGCCUGGCGAGCACCCGAUACCCAUUGGCCUCCUCUGGGUAAGAAUAUCCGACAUCGUCGAGGAGAUGCGCCGCAAAAGAAUUGAGGCCGAGAUGAACUUUUCCGGCUGGGUUUCGGCCGAUCAGAUGGGCAACAACCCCGGCUCGCCGCCGCCGCAGUUCCCCAUGAGUCCUACUCAGGGGCAGCAUGGCGGCGGCUUCGGCGCUCAGGGACAACAGCCGCAGCAGGGCGGCCAGUUUGGCGCCCCUGGCCCGCAGCCUCAGGUCAACGUCGGGCCCAUCGACGGCUGGUUCAAUCUAGAGCCCACCGGCCAGAUCCAGCUUCAGAUGAGCUUUGUCAAACAUAACAAGGAUCGGCGUCCAGUCGAUGUGGGUCUGGGGCGAAAAGGCGCCGUCCGCCAGAGAAAGGAAGAGGUGCACGAGAUGUACGGACACAAGUUCGUCCAGCACCAGUUCUACAACAUCAUGCGCUGCGCCCUCUGCGGCGAUUUCCUCAAGUACUCCGCCGGCAUGCAGUGCGAGGAUUGCAAGUACACUUGCCACACUAAGUGUUAUCCUAGCGUCGUGACCAAGUGCAUCAGCAAGAGCAACGCCGAGACGGAUCCAGACGAGGAGAAGAUCAACCACCGCAUCCCUCACAGGUUCCAGCCCUUCUCCAACAUGACGGCCAACUGGUGCUGCCACUGCGGUUACAUCUUGCCGUUUGGCAAAAAGAACUGCAGAAAAUGCUCUGAAUGUGGCCUCACGUGCCACGCUCACUGCGUUCACCUGGUGCCUGACUUCUGUGGUAUGUCCAUGGCUGUCGCCAACCAGAUCUUGGAAGGCAUCCGCAUACAGAAGCAGAGGCAGGCCAAGGCCUCGUCCAUGUCAGACCGCACCCUGCGCUCUGGCACAAGCAAGAUGAGCCCCACGGGCACGACGCACUCGUCCACACCGUCCUACUCUGGAUCCACGCAAUCUCAAUAUGGCGGCGCUGUGUCUUCUGAGGCGACGGAGGCUGCCAAGGUCAUGUAUGCGAACCAGACGUCGCCUCAGCGGCCGGCCCAGCCGGGUCGAAUCCCGUCCAACACGGCUGCUGCUGCCGCGGCAUCGGCAGCGAUGUCUAGUGCGGCCAGUGGCUACCCGCAGCAGCAGCAGCAGCAACAACAGCAACAGCAGCAGCCGCAACGGCAGUCUGACUACGGGCGAUACGGCGGCUACGAUCAGCCAUCUCCGCAGCCGACGCAGGAGGACGCCUACGGACACGGCCAGUAUGGCGGACAGCCUCAGCAGCGCAAAUACAACCCCGCCGACUAUGCCAACGUCAAUGCUCCGUACGGCGGACAAGCGCCUGUGCAGGCCCGACCAGCCCAACAACAGCCGACGUCUCCAGUCCAGCAGCAAGCCCCGCAGCAGGCUUACCCCACGCCGGCCCCUGUCGUCAAGCCGCCGGUCCAGGAGCCUCCCGCGCAGAGGCCCACAGCCGGAGCUGUGGCCGGGCAGCGAAAGACCCUGCCUCUGGCUACGGACCCUGGCACCGGUCAGCGUAUCGGGCUGGAUCACUUCAACUUCCUUGCUGUGCUGGGCAAGGGCAACUUUGGUAAGGUCAUGCUCGCGGAGACGAAACGGUCAAGACGGCUUUAUGCCAUCAAAGUGCUCAAGAAGGAGUUUAUUAUCGAGAACGACGAAGUGGAGAGUAUCAAGUCCGAGAAGCGAGUCUUUCUGAUCGCGAAUAAGGAGCGACACCCGUUCUUGACCAACCUGCACGCCUGUUUCCAGACGGAGACCCGCGUGUAUUUUGUCAUGGAAUACGUGAGCGGUGGUGACCUGAUGCUGCACAUCCAGCGCGGUCAGUUUGGCACCAAGCGAGCACAGUUUUACGCGGCUGAGGUGUGCCUGGCACUCAAAUACUUCCACGAGAACGGCGUCAUCUACCGUGAUCUUAAGCUUGACAACAUCAUGUUGACCCUCGACGGUCACAUCAAAGUCGCAGACUACGGUCUCUGCAAGGAGGACAUGUGGUACGGCUCAACGACCAGCACGUUCUGUGGAACGCCAGAGUUCAUGGCCCCAGAGAUCUUGCUGGAUAAGAAAUACGGCCGCGCGGUGGACUGGUGGGCAUUUGGCGUCCUGAUAUAUCAGAUGCUGCUGCAACAAUCUCCGUUCCGUGGCGAGGACGAAGACGAAAUCUACGACGCUAUCCUCGCGGACGAGCCCCUGUAUCCGAUUCACAUGCCUAGAGACUCGGUGUCAAUCUUGCAGAAGCUCCUUACCCGCGAACCUGAUCAGAGAUUGGGAAGCGGACCAACGGACGCUCAGGAGGUCAUGAGCCAGCCCUUUUUCCGGAACAUCAACUGGGAUGACAUUUACCACAAGCGGGUUCAGCCACCAUUCAAGCCAACGAUCAAGAAUGCCACCGACACCAGCAACUUCGACUCGGAAUUCACGAGCGUCACGCCGGUGCUCACGCCGGUGCAAUCAGUGUUGUCGCAAGCCAUGCAGGAAGAGUUCCGUGGCUUUUCGUAUACGGCCGACUUUGAGUAG